CCCUUUGGUCCCUGGGCUUCAUGGCUGGUCCUGGAGCUGCGGACUACAGCUCCCAGGCCUGCUCCGAAUCCCUACCGCACAGGCUCAGAGCCCAAUGCCCGGAGGCGGUGGUUACGUUGUGUCUAUUGUAUGCCUGGGUUUGUAUUUGUACAUUUCUCGGGACGUGAAAUUGGGAGUGAAGAGCAUGGCAGAUGAGCAAGAAAUCAUGUGCAAAUUGGAAAGCAUUAAAGAGAUCAGGAACAAGACCCUUCAGAUGGAGAAAAUCAAGGCACGUUUGAAGGCUGAGUUUGAGGCUCUUGAAUCAGAGGAGAGGCACCUGAAGGAAUAUAAGCAGGAGAUGGACUUGCUGCUACAGGAGAAGAUGGCCCAUGUGGAGGAACUCCGACUGAUCCAUGCUGAUAUCAAUGUGAUGGAAAACACCAUCAAACAGUCUGAGAAUGACCUAAACAAGCUGCUAGAGUCUACCCGGCGGCUACAUGAUGAGUAUAAGCCACUGAAGGAACAUGUGGAUGCCCUACGCAUGACUCUAGGCCUACAGAGGCUCCCUGACCUAUGUGAAGAGGAAGAGAAGCUCUCUUUGGAUUACUUUGAGAAGCAGAAAGCGGAGUGGCAGACGGAGCCUCAGGAGCCCCCCAUCCCUGAGUCUCUGGCCGCUGCAGCUGCUGCUGCCCAACAACUCCAAGUGGCUAGAAAGCAGGACACUCGGCAGACAGCCACCUUCAGGCAACAGCCCCCACCUAUGAAGGCCUGCUUGUCAUGCCAUCAGCAAAUUCAUCGGAAUGCACCUAUAUGUCCUCUGUGCAAGGCCAAGAGUCGGUCCCGGAACCCCAAAAAGCCAAAACGGAAGCAAGAUGAAUGAAGAAAUGGAGAACACAUAGAGCUCUGCUGCUCAUAAUUCCUUCCAUGGCUAGAGUGAUUAAUUUCUUGAUUUGAAACCACCCUGCCCCACCUCUACCAAGUUUCCUAUUUAAUGUGAUGGAAGCACAACCUCUCUCCUUUGCUCUUCUUUCUUCUCUUGGGGUUUCUGAUUUAAGAAGAGAUAUGGUUCAGGUGCUAAUGAUAGUGUGUCUGAUGAUCCCUUCUCUCCCACCCACAUUUCAACUCCUGCCCUUAUUUGAUGCUGAGGGAAGGGCAGAGGCCAAGAUGUGAUUCUCUGCCUCGUGUCUGAGGCCUGGGACCUAAGCGCUGAGGGCUGGAGGAGGCCCUUGUUUCAGGUGAAGGCUCCAGUGUGCCCCCUCCUUAUACUUUUACAUUAGGCUCUGAAGGGGCAACAGUCUUCUUGCUGAACUUUCCAGUAGACUUGGUGUAUAUAUCUUCCCCACAAACCCCUCCUCAUCUCAUGUUGUCUAAGGAAGGCCCAGAGGUCAGUUGGACAAGACCUCCUUUUAUUAUUCAUUUGGGAAGCCUGGCUGCUAUUAUGGAGUUCACUCCCAUGCCAGUUUCCCAGAUAGGGUAAAGUUCUCAGGUAUAGGUUGUGUGUCUAGAGAUCCUGAGACCAGCAGGCCUUUCCCAUAACCCUUGUUUUUCAAAUCAAUGACAGAAUUUCCUCACAGUGAAAUCAGUGAGCUGCAGCUAUCCACAAGUCCUAUGUAACUUGCUGCCUAGAUUAUCGGGCUCUACUGUACAGGCUGCCUUAGAAUGAGAGGGGCCCCAGGCUGACAUCUCUGUUGCCAAAUGUUCAAAAUCAUUUUUAUUCAAACCCAUUAUUCUGGCAGUUUCUCAAUGAUAUAUCUUAGGGGUUAAAGGCAUGAGCUGAUAUUCAAGUGAGUGCCAACCAUUUCACAUAGGUAGGAGGGUGGAAUUUCCCCUCCAUUCAUCCCUCCCUCUCUUGGGUCUGCUCUCUUGUAAAGCAGCCUCAGCUCAAGUCAGCUGCUGGCUACUCCCUUUCCUAUAGAUUGUUUUGGUGGCCUUCCCUUACAAAAGAAAAGGCACUAGGCUCCCCAAGCUCUACAGUUCUCCUCUCUACCAAAAUCAGAUUUCUAGUCAAGUCACUUUCAGACUUAAAAGACAGAGAUGGAGGUUGGCUUUAGCUCCAAGUCUCAGUCCCUGGCUGGGGAAAGGGGAUCUUUUUCCUACCUUCCUUAACUAUAGUUUUAAGUUGCCAGUGUUUGUUUAUUCAUAAUAUAAAAAGUUACUCUGCUUUUUGAAAGUGAGAGUGUUAUAUGUGUACAAAUUCUUUUAAAUAAACAUUUGUUCAUUUGAGUGAA